GCUCUUCGAGGAGAAUCGAUUGUUCCUCGAGAGUUUAGUUGGGCCAAGUCUCAGUAAGAAGUAGUGAGUGCUUCUUCAUCGACCUCAGUCUCCUCGAUCCUCAUCUUCUUGGACACUUAGUCUGUAGUCACAUCCUUCCUCUGAAGCUCAACUCAUCAGACGCUCGAGGACCAGGUUCUGAGCUGAACAAUAUUUUUAGAUUUUUCUUUCUAACACGUAGACUUUGACGCAGACCACCAACCAUGGAUGCGAUUAGAAAGAAGAUGCAGUCUCUCAAAUCAGAGACCAAUCAGCUCUACACCACUAUUCAGAGGUAUGAGACUGACACGAAAGAGUCCAAUGCUCGCAACGACCAAUUCGAGUGCGACAUCCGAGAUUUGGGCAAGAAGAUCACCAGUUAUGAGUCCGACUUCGAUGACACCAACGACAAGCUCACCAAGACCUCAGAGUCCUUGGAAGAGAAGGAGAAGGACUACAAGACCGCUGAGGAGGAGGUCAGCGCCCUCUCCCGUCGUCUCAUGCUCAUGGAGGAUGAGGCCAAGAAGGCCGAUACCAACCUGGCCGAGACGGUGACCAAGCUCGCCUUGGCUUCCAAGGAGGCCGACGGUAUCUUGAAGAAGGUCAAAUACUUCGAGAACAAGACCAUGAGGAACGAUGUCGAGCUCGAGGAGCUGGACAAGAUGCUCCGUGAAACCAACAAGAUGGUCAGUGAUAACGAACAGAAGUUGGACGAGCUCUCCCGUAAGUUGGGCGUCCAAGAGGAUGAGCUCAAGCGUGCUCUGGAACGCGCUGAGAUGGCUGAGGGCAAGCUCAAGGAUGUGGAACACGAGCUGGAAGCCGUGGGCGAGAACAUGAAGCAACUGGAAAUUUCCGCCGAGAAGGCCACCGAGCGCGAGGAGAAGCUGAAGGACAAGAUCCACCAACUCAUGGAGCGCCUGAAGAUUGCCGAGGCUCGCUACGAGUACGGCGAGAUGAACAUCACCAAAUUGAAUCAUCGCAUCGAUGACAUCGAAGACGAGAUCUACCGCGAGAAGCUCAAGAUCAAGAAAGUGUCAGAUGAGCUCAAUGAUACCUUCGACGAUAUGUUGGCCAAUUACUAGUCUUUAAAAAAAGCCUCUUUAACUCCUAAUUCAGAUACAAAGUCAUCAAAACAAUCCAUCCAAUCUAUCCAAACCAUCUACCAAACAAUCAAUCAAUCAACGUUUACUACCUUAUUUCCAUUUCAUGCACCACCACCACCACCACCUGGAUCACCUCCUCCACCACCUCCUCGAUCCUUCCCGAUGGUUUAUGUUAACUGCCUCGGUGUUUUUCACAUUCGUUCCAACUAACCCGUCAAAUGUCUUGGUUCAUUGUGCUGUCCCGUCUUUCUUAAAAGCUGAUGGUGUUGACUUGCCAGUUCAUAAACUACACGUUGUUCCAUCUAAAGGUACUGAAACCGACAUGAAAAAAGAGACCAAUCUUUCACUCUCCAGUACACACAUUCAAUGAACUUCUCUACCACAUACACCAUUAGACAUCCAAAACAUUAAACCACUUCGAACACACUUCUCUUUCUCUUGUUUUUGCCACGAUAGAAUGGAUUUUUUCUCGUUGAAGUUGCUACAAACUUUCCAGAACUGAGGGAAAGAGAUGGUUUCGGUGCCGAAUGUUACUUCACACAUUACUUUUCCAGUCCCACAACCACCUUCUACACCAAACAAACACAAUAAAGUCUUCCUUAAAAUAACUCCUCAAGAAC